GGCGGGGGGAUUCCCCGGCCGGCGCUGGCUCUCUGAAGCAAUCCCCCGGGGCGCCGGGACUGGGCGGCCGGCCCCAGCCUCGGCCGGGCCGGCCCCAGGAUUUCGUCACCCGGGACUCCAAGCCCGCAGUUUCCGCCCCGGCAGGGUAUAAAGGGCGAGACGGCGGCGGCCGGGGCUGCAACCAGCCUGUCGCUGCCGCCGGAGCCGGCUGCUGUCCCCGUGAGCUCAGCGGCGCCCCCGUGCAGAGCCAGCCCGGGAUCCGGAGCGCUGCGGGAUGGACGCCGGCGGCUGCCCGAGGAUGCGGAGCGCGCUGCUUUGCCUGGGCUUUUAUCUAUUGCAAGCUGUCUUUGGUACAACAGUGAUCCCAUUAUGUGAACCAAAUGAAAUGGAAAACUGUACAACUGCACUGAUUCAGACGGAGAAUAGCCCGCGGGUGGCUCAAGUCGCGAUAACCAAAUGCAAGCCUGAAAUGCAAGACUACUGCUUCCACGGGCAGUGCGUGUACGUUGUGGAUUUAGAUGACCAUUACUGUAGGUGUGAUGUAGGCUUCUCCGGGGUCCGAUGUGUGCAUUCGGAACUGGUCACACAGCACCUGAACAAAGAAUAUUUGGCACUGACCAUUAUUUUAAGCCUAUUUUUCCUCAUUUCAAUUUUGGUUGCCACAUACUACUUCUACAAAUGGUACCAAAACAAGAAGGAGAGGCAAGCCAACAACCAAGAAUACAAGGAGGUUGAUGUCCAUGAGAAGAACCCAGCGCUGCUUCCCCAGUGAAGGGGGAGAGAAACACACACACACACACACACACACACACACACACACAGACCAAGAAUUUGUCAGCUCGCAGCUAUUUAAUAUUAACCUUAUUUUAUUAAUAUUUAUAUGUUCUAAACAAAACCAUUUAAAUUUGUAUUGAUCAGAAUCAAUAUACAGGUCAAAAAUGGACAUUUUUAAUAUAAAUAUUUGCUUUUUAUUUUUAAUGUUUUUAUUUUUAUUUUUUUAUUUUAUUGUUGAAUAUUUAAUACUAUGCAAUGUGGAGAGAAAAAAAUCCUACCUCUGUAGGAUUAUAUAUAGAUAUAUAUUUUUGUAAGAAAUGUAAGCUUUUUGCCAGUAAUAGCUGGUCUACCAAAAUACUUUGUUUAAAAAAAAAAACCACAACACAAUUUUGUAUUUGUUCAUGUGAACAUAAUGAAUGUACUUCUGCAUCUUAAAAUUAAAUCUUCUAAAUUGGGUUGAAUGAAUAUGGUGUAUCUCCUGUUGUAUACUGUUGUAACAAUAGCAGGCAGUUUACCUGAUCCAGUUUCAGAUAAUCAGACAUGAACACAUGGAAAGUACCUCUGGCCCUGGGAAAUGUUGCUCCUCUAAUCAGACAGAUGUUGAUUGCUAGUUUGUAGUUUGGGGGCGGGAGGGUGUAUUGUCAUAUAUUUGUAUCAUGUUAUGUUUCAUACCUAUGCAGGGGGGUUUUCACGAAAACUAAACUGAGGUCUAAUAUUCAGCUUUCGGUCAAGGUCUUGUUAUUGGCACAAUUUUGACACCCAUGUGGAAAAGUAAGGAGGUGUAAGAUGUUCUCUUACUUUUCUAGGCAGGCUACUUGCUGCCCCUUAAUUAGGGGAGAUUGGUUAAUUUACAAUCAUUUAUAUACACCGUGAGGACUGUCUUCUUAUUCGGAAUAUUUAAAUCACACGUUCCCUGACUCAGGUAUGAUCUCUUACAACAACUCCAUUUGCAUUUUGGGACCGAUAGGCAACUGUUCUGUUAGCCUCAUACCUGCUGCUGGAUAGCCUUGUCCACACUGGAAAGGGUUAGCAGGCAUAGCCAGAACUUCCAGUUGAGCAUUAGAAAGUCUGACCCACACAGGUUAAAGGUGUGGAGAGGUGGCUGUAGCCAGGCAAUUUGUCCCUGUAUGUGUCCAGUCUGUCUCUCUCUCCCCCUCCUGUGUACAUCCCACAUAUGGAGGCUACCACUGGCUUUUCUCUUCCUGUGACCAGACAUGUCUCCCCACUCCCCCCUGCCCACACCAGAACAGAUAAGGCACAGCUGGUGGCUGAAUGGCCAUGGGUGAGAAGAAACUGAAGCAUAUGUUGCUACUGGGUCUGUCAUACAUGGGGGGAGGCGGGAAGUAGCUCCUUUUGAUGGACACCCAGCCAACUAGUUAGCUGUAAAAUCCCUCUUGGUCUGUUCUCUGCUUGCUUUACCUGUGAAGGAUUCACAAG